AUGACACUGAAGGUGUUGCAUGAGAACACAACAAAGUCAAUGAAAUAUGCGGUGCACUGGAAUGAUCAAUAUGGUUAUGAAGUAAAAGAAGGACUCACCAGUAAGCAUAUAGUGAAUCUGGACAGGCUUACAUGCACCUGUAGAGCUUGGAUGUUGAAAGGUAUACCAUAUGCUCAUGCUAUAGCUGUUAUUCAUUUUAAAAAAUUGCCAGUUAACUACAUUGCACAUUGGUAUCAUAUGGAGACUUAUAUGAAGACCUACAGUCACUUCUUUCAGCCUGUACAACAUAUGGAGAUGUGGCCACAAUCACAAAACCCUUCUGUUAUACCACCAGAAGUAAGAAAAAUGCCUGGCAUGCCCCGAAAAGUGAGAAGGAAGGAACCAACUGAAAACAAAACAAGAAAGAUUUCCAAAAGAGGUACCCAGAUGACGUGCAAUAACUGUCAUGCAAAAGGCCAUAAUAAGAAAGGUUUUCAAAGGGUCCACAAGGUCUGUUUUCUGAAAAUGAUAUGCAGCAAUGACUGCAGUUUUGUUAACACAAACUACUAUGCAGCAGUAACUGCAAAUUUGUUAAUCUAUUUUUCUGCAUAA